AUGGUAAUAACAACGCUCAACGCUGACAAUGACGACGAAGAUAACAGGAAGACAGUAACGAAAACGAAUCUGAUCACCAAUGCCAUUAAGAACACCACAGCAUCACACCAGUUCUUCGUUCCAUACUCUCUCCUCUCUGUCACGAAACUCAUGCCGCGUCGGUCUCCCAAUCAGCUCUCGACCCAUCCCACUCGUGCCCUCCUCCGUGACCACGCCGUCACCUCUGCCCGCGCGUGCCCAUGUGUGACGCAGCAGACGAACCGAGGCCCUGAUCGCCUGUCAGCCAUACGUCAGCUCGCCGUCAGCCCAUACGGCACCGACAUACGUAGGGGUCUAUCGAAGCGAUUUUCCUGGGGAGAACAAGUGUGGGCGGGCGACUCCACCUCCACCCACACGAGCCACGCCCACGCCCACACCUACAAGGCAAUCGCCAUGUCCACACUCUUGAAGGCAGCGAUCAUUAACAAUGCGCGCGCACAUGGACCACAUGUCACAUGUCCUGGUCUUCCUCAUGUUUCUACGUUCCCCGAAACCCCGAACGCUAUGCCCCCCUAUCCCCCCCAUACGGGUUACUCUCCAAUCAACGUGCCACGUCCCGCUAUCGUCUCCUACGCCCACGCCCAUUCUAAGGCUUCCAUCACGCCCACGUCACGCCCACCCGCACCGAGAGCUCCAUUACGCCCACACCAAUUAACGAUUUCAUCACGCCCACGUGCCAUCCUUUCCUCGCAUGAUUCGUCAGAGUACAACCAUUCUAUCACGCCCUCGCGCACCAAAGUCUCCAUUACGCCUAAAAAAAAAAACUCACGCCCACACUUCUCAAAGACUCUAUCACGCCCACGCGCCGCCCUCACACAGGACUUCCGCGCACGAUUCACCCGAAACAAAGAACUCGCUCCUCACGCCCAUUUUCCCAUCCCUCGCAAACUGCUGUCUACCACGCCCUUACGCCCUCACAUCCUCAAGGCCCCACCCCCAUUCGAGGCGGCCAGGCAUGUGACACUCACGAGAGGGCCCCCGAGUGCCAGUCUGGUCGGUAGUGCCAGAGUACCCGGGGCGAGAUAA